ACAGUGUGUGUGUGUGUGUGUGUGAUAUUGAACCCAAUCUCUCUCCUUCUAAGCUUUUGAAAUCCUCCCUAGUAGCUUCAACAUUAGCAAAAACCAAACCCCAAUUCAACAAGCUAGAGAGAGAGAGAGAGAGAGAGAGAGACCUCCAAUGGCUGCAACAAUAGCAACAAUGGCCAUGCUCAAUGCCAAGUGCUUGACCACCAAGACUUUCAACCCUCCCAAGCCAAACACAAAACAACCCAUCUCCCUUCUCUCCAUCAACAACCUCCCAAAAGGCCUCACCACCUCAAAAGACCUCUCCAACUCCCUAGCCGGGACUGCCAUUGCCGGAGCGAUUUUCUCCACCUUGAGCUCAUGUGACCCUGCCUUGGCUGCACAACAGAUUGCUGAGAUAGCCGAAGGCGAUAACCGUGGCCUUGCGCUCUUGAUACCCAUCAUCCCAGCCGUUCUUUGGGUGCUCUACAACAUCCUCCAACCAGCACUGAACCAGCUUGACAAAAUGAAAAGCACAAAGGGGGUGAUCAUAGGGCUUGGGCUAGGUGGUUUGGCUGCAACAGGGUUGGCGUUUACGCCGAAUGCGUCGGCCGCCACCGAUCAGAUUGCCAUGCUAGCUGAUGCCACAAGUGACAACAGGGGGCAGCUUCUGCUGUUUGUGAUCACACCAGCCAUUCUGUGGGUGAUUUACAAUAUCCUACAACCUGCUUUGAACCAGCUCAACAACAUGAAAUCUCAGUGAUAUGAGAUAAAUAAAUAUAUAUAUAUAUAUGGUGUGAUGCUUGAAAUCACUUGUAAUUGUAUCUUUUGUUAAUGAACUCUUUUUGUUAAAA